AUGACAACCUUAACUGUUCAAACACUUGCAGCCAUAUUUGGAAUAUUAGGAAAUAUUGUUUCAGUUGGGGUAUUCCUUUCGCCAGUGCCUACAUUCUACAGAAUUUAUAAGAGGAAAUCAUCUGAAGGGUACAAGUCAUUACCUUAUGCUGUCGGGCUGUUCAGUGCGAUGAUGCUGUUAUAUUAUGGAUCCCUCAAGCCGGGAGGAAUUCUGCUCAUCACUAUUAAUAGUUUUGGAUGCUUCAUAGAAGUCAUAUACCUGGUGAUAUUUCUAGUAUAUGCACCAAAAGAGAGCAAGUAUUUCACAUUGAAGUUAAUACUUCUAUUUAACCUGGGAGCAUGCAGCUUAGUCAUGCUGCUCACAACCUUGUUAUGUAAAGGUUCCAAAAGAAUUACUGUUGUAGGUUGGAUAAAUGCUGUUAUCAACCUGUGUGUAUUUGCAGCUCCAAUGAGCAUCAUGAGGCAAGUGAUCAAAACAAGAAGCGUGGAGUUCAUGCCGAUAUCUCUCUCCUUAGCCCUCACCCUCAAUGCCUGUAUGUGGUUUUUCUACGGAUUUUUCCUCAAAGACUAUUUUAUCGCAGGACCAAAUAUUCUGGGAUUUUUACUUGGAAUAGUUCAGAUGACUCUCUACAUCUUCUACAAGUGGUGCAACAGCAAGAUUGGGCAGGAUUCGAAUCAUGACGAAACAAGCAAAGAAUCGAAUCAUGACGAUACGAGUCAAGAUUUGAAGUUGCAGUCAGUAGAUAAUGUAAUCAAGGACAAUCAGCAAGUCGAAUUGCAGAUAGUAUAG